AUGAGUGAAUAUUCGGCCUUUGCCGAGUCUUUGAGCGUUUCGGAGGAUGCUGCAACCAGCAACACGCUGGAACCAGCAAUGAAGGAGAGCGAAAAAGUCAUGCAGCAAGAGGAGAAUCCUGAGGUUACAAACAGCAGUAUCGAUGCAGUGGAGAAAGAAACUACGGUGGAAAACAAGCUUGGAGAUAAGGAAGUAGAUGUAUUCGUAAAACAAGUUACCGAAAUGCCAGCUGCAACUGAGGCAUCAUCAUCAACCACCGAGCAGCAACCAAAAGACUCAACCGAGCAAUCGCAAUUUAUUGUUCCUGAAUUAAAAGGAUUGAAAACAAUAACCAGUUCUGCCAAAUCAUAUCCCCCAAUCACUCAACAAACUGUACCUAUGAAAGAUAACUCAAGAAUUAGAAGAAAGAAUGGUCAUGCCGAUGCCUUAGUGUUAAAAAGAUUUGAAGACAUUUCGACAUUGUAUGAUGCAUUCAAAAAAGCUGUUGAAAAAUAUGGGGAUAGACCUUGCUUUGGCGACAGAAAAAGAGAUCCAACAGAUCCAAGUAAGCUCUUAAUGGAAUAUGAAUUUAUCACUUUCAAGCAAGUGGAUGAAAUGGCAAGCAAUCUUGCUUCUGGCUUGAGACAUUUAGGAACGGAGCCAAAUCAACAUCUUGCAAUUUAUAGCAAAAACAGAAAGGAAUGGCAGAUUUCUGUUGAAGCUUGCAACAAGCAAUCGCUUGUCAGUCUUGCCCUGUAUGAUACAUUGGGAGAGGAAUCUUCUGCAUUCAUAAUGAACCAUGGAGAGGUUGUUGUUUUGUGCUGUUCUGGAGAAGUCAUGCCUAAUGUUAUGAAAUUGGCUCCAAAAUCGAAAAUGCUAAAGCAUAUUAUUUGUUUUGAUUAUGUCACAGAAGAACAAACAAACACUUUGGAAAAGAAUGGAAUCAAACUUUACACUUUCCAACAAGUUUUAGAGAUGGGAAAGAAUAACCCAUGUGCAGAUGUUCCACCCUCACCACAAUCCAUUGCCUGUCUCAAUUACACGUCAGGAACCACCGGAUUGCCAAAAGGUGUUAUAAUUACGCACUUCAAUUUUAUUGCUGCAAGCGCUGGUAUCACCCACAAUAUUAUUGAUCUCAACGAAAAUGACUGUGUCAUUAGUUAUUUACCUCUUGCUCACAUUUUGGAGAGAAUGGUUGAGAUUAUUUUCCUUCAACAUGGUGCCAGCAUUGGUUUCUGGUCAGGCAACAUUAAGACGUUAAAAGAUGACUUGGCUGCUUUGAAACCCACCGCAUUCCCUGCUGUUCCUCGAGUUCUUGACAAGUUAUAUGAUGGUAUUAAGGAAAAGAUCUCAAAGGAGUCAAAGCUCAAACAAUGGGCUCUCAAUAAGGCCAUUAAAUCGAAAGAGGAAGGAAUGAUUUCUGGAAAGUCAACACCAAUUGCUGAUAUUGUUUUGGGAGUUGUACGAAAGAAUUUUGGAGGCCGUAUUCGAUUUGUACUCAGUGGUGGAGCUCCCAUUCGUCCAGAAGUUCAAGCUUACAUGAGAGUGAUCUUUGGAUGCAACUUGGUUCAAGGAUAUGGCUUAACGGAAACAUGUGCUGCAUCAACAAUUCAACUUGCCUACGACUACAGUGAGGGGCACAUUGGAUGUAUUGUACCCUCUGUGGAAAUUAAGUUAGAUGAUGUUGAGGAAAUGAAUUACACAGUUGAGAAGAACAAUAGCGGAGAGAUUUGUGUGAGAGGACCAUCAGUGAGCAUGGGUUAUUACAAGGAUCCUGAAAAGACAAAAGAGGCCUGGGAUGAAGAAGGCUGGUUCCACACAGGAGAUAUUGGUCGUUACAAUGAGAAUGGUACAAUCACAAUUAUUGAUAGAAAGAAGAACAUUUUCAAAUUAAGUCAAGGAGAGUACAUUGCUGCUGAAAAUAUUGAACAAAAAUUGGCUCAAACCAAAUACAUUAAUGGAAUUUGGGUUUAUGGUGACUCUUUCAAGAGUUGCUUGGUUGGAUUUGUUGUUGGUAAUAUUCCACAAUUACAACAAUAUGCAAAAGAACAUGGAAAGCAAGAGUUGGCUGAUAAGAUUGAAGAAUUGUGCGAAGAUGCUGAUAUCAACAAGAUGGUUUUAGCAGAACUUACAAACACAGCGAAACAACACAAGCUCAAAGGUUUCGAAAUGGUGAAAGCAAUCAAAAUUUUACCCAAAGAAUUUGACCAGUAUGGAUGCAUGACUCCAACCAUGAAACUCGUUAGAAACAAAAUGAAAGAAUUAUUCCAAACAGAUAUUGACAAACUCUACGAAACAGUUCCUGAUGCUUAA